CACAGAAUGAUUUCGUACUCGAAGGCACACGUCUCGGUUCAAUGAAUACACGUGUCACUUCGUGAAUGCCAUGCACAGGCGCAAAAGAACUGCAAAGAGACGCUUCUGUCUCACUACACGGAACUUCGUCUCAUUCCGGAAGAAAGGGGCAACGACCUCUUUGAUCCGAUCCCUGACCGGCAUCGGGACGUUGCAGUUCUGCACCAUGUCGUCCGCAAACAUCGUCUCAACAUGACCUUCCUCAGCAUCAUGAGAAGAAGAUCCUCUCAGUGCAUUUUGAUGACCCCCUUCCUCACCGGUGUCUGACGGGCCCGGCACCUCUCGGGCUGAGCUGCGCAGGUCGUAGUGGCGUUGUCCGUCCCGCUGCUGCUUCUUCGCCAGCCGCUGCUGCAUUGCCUGUGCCCGGCACUCGAGCGCGGCGAGGAGAGCAUCAAAGGAUGAAUAUUUCAGACGCAGGACGGCCGCCACGUCGGCAAAUCUGUACAGCUUCAUACAAGGGAAGUUUCUGGAUAUCGGGUUUGCCCUGUAGAGAGAAGAAAUCAAUGAUGGGCCUGCAACGUGGGAGAAUGGAAAACAUGACCUUUCCUCGAAUGUGAGCCCCCUGAGUUCCUCUGGAGUGGCGCCUAGCCGCAUCGCCUCCGUCUUGGCGAGGAAGUGACGGUACCGACGGCACACAUAACACAGCGCCACCUGGAAUUGGGUGAACCACUCACAGGGCACCACACGGCCACACUCAUCGCAUCUGACACAUUGCAGAUAGAAACAGACCAGAAACAUCAAGUCGACAGUCUUCUGGCAAGAGCGAGACAGGCCACCUGCAGGUGUUUUUCCCGUCGCCUGUCUUCAAGAUGCUCUGGUUGGCCAUUCUGCUGACCAGCAGGAGGCGUGCCACCUUUCCAUGGUAGUUCGCGAACUCCAGUCUUAGAGAGGUGGACUGGAACUCGCCGCCUGUCAUCGGUGCCUCAGAGAGAUCCACGCCCCUCUCAGUUUGAAAGCCAUCGAUGAUGCUACAGAAACUAAAGGGGUACUGAGAGAAGACAGAUGCUACGUCAAAACGGCGUUACUUUUCUGGCUGACCAAUCACCUGGUGGUGGACAUGCGUCAAUCGGUCGUCGACUAGCUUGUCGCCAGUGAUUGGACACGAUAGUCUGCACCAAUGACACACUAUUUCAUGUUGAGUAUAUCGCAGCACUUACACUUCCUGUGUGUGGGGGGAUCCGAAGGCCUCUUCUCUAAAGCGCUGGAUCUGCUCCGACACGGCAGACCGACAUGCACGCCGAAUGUCGGCAGGGGAAGUGGCGCAGAAUUCGUCCUGGCCGUGUGCCCGUCUCUGCCUCUUUGAGGCACCAGGUGCUCCGUCCUUGACCACUGGCGUCGCCAGCUGCCUCGCCACUUCCGCUAUGUCUUCCUCCGGCAAACGCAGCGAUUGCAACGCGUCCGGUGGCAAAGAGCAGUAAUAUACGCUGUCCAUGCACCUCAGGUGAAAGUGCCGCCUCUCAUCGAGUCUGCGGCUCUGUCCUCUCCAGCAAUAGGAUCUCACAAACGUGAGGCGCAGCUCUCCACGGCCAAUGGCUGCGUCACAAUGGCAGCACCGCGUCGCACAGGUCGGUGCUCGAAGGCCGAUGAUGCGUGUUCGCAGGUAUCUCUUGGCAGCUGAGCCGCACAGCUUAAUGCCGUACUGAUAAUCUGGCGACAGAUCGGACGCCCGGCACACACUCGUUGUCGUUGUGGCUCCGUCCACGAUAUGAUGACAGAGCCACCCUUGGCCAGGCAAAAAAUGCGACACCCAGGCCUUGCUGGUGGGGCUCUUUCCGAUGACCUUGUCGCCUUCUUCCGGCAGAAAUAUUUCCACUUUUCUCAUUGUGAAGGUCCCUUUAUAGAGACGUGUUGCCGUUUUUUGCAUGGGACAUUAUUUUUGCCUUGCAUUUUGUUUCUCUCACUCCUCUUCCCCUUCGACCUGACCCUCGACUCAGAGGACGCGCGCCCCUCAGAGGACCUGUCUGUCCGUCUCGCCCGGCUGCUGCAGAAGGAGUGCGAGGGCGCCACGGUCAGCUUGUCGGAGCUCUAAGCGAGGCUCAACUGUGACUUUUUUCCCUCCCGGAGCUCUGACGCUCAGAAGAGCAAUGUGAUUCGGGCGGAGGAAGACAUUCUGCCUCCGCCUUCCGCCUCAAUAGCUUCCUACUGAGACGGCAUUGGGUGCUCAGAGCAACAUUUUUCGUGCGCUUUGAGGGGAAGACACUAAUGGCAGGCGUCACUAAUAUAUACAUAUCUCAGUUUGAAAAGCCAGACAGAAUAAAGCCCUGCACCCACCCCAUUCGUCCACCCCAUCUCGGUCAUCCAUCAGUGAACCAUCCCAGUCUCCAUCGGCCAUGUCCUUUGCCUGCAGCUUCCAGGCCACCUCCUCGUCCCGCAGCUCCCGGGCGAGACGGGCAUCCAGGACCUCUGCCUGGCGGGCGUCCUCUGACUCGUCGGUCAGGUCGAUGACGGGAUUCGCUGGGGUUGACAUCGCUAAGCACUCUCCGAUGGGAGAUCUGCAAUAAAAACAUACAGGCAGGGACAGAGAAUGAAAGGAAAUCUGAGGGAUCUGUUCCCGCCAGUUGCUGUUACGAACGGCACGACGAGACGCCUACCUUGUGGUUCGUAUGGCAACAAUUCUCUGGGGUAGGGACGCAAGCUGUGAAACACGAAAUGUUGGUUGGAUAUUAUGACAAAUGGCGUGCGAGCCGCCGGUGGCUCGGCUUCCUGAGAUUCUCCUGACGACACCCAUUUGCGUGGAGGCAGAGUGGGUCACAGAUGCGGUUCACCCUCACGGAGGAAAUUUCCCUCAUUGCAUGCACAAACCACCCGCCAUCACAGUGACAACUCCCUAAAUUCCCUCUCGAUAUGAAAAAAGUUCAUCGCCUGCUCUCACAGCCUCAGACUCGCUAUGCUCGUUUCCUUCAUUUCUCCCCCUCCCUCUGCUUGGUCUCUCCACACCAUCUCGUCUCCCCUAACCGGCAGUCUGUAUGUCUGCCACAGCUGACGUACGACCUCCGUCUUGCUUGGAACCUCGGGAGGGACACCCGUCCCCCUCGCGCGCUCGAUGACCUCAACGAGGGCAUUCCGGUAGGCGAGUGCCUCCCAAAGGGUGCGUGCGAUGCACGCGACACUCCUAAACCCCUUUUGUCCCGAUGGGAAACAGCUACACUCAACACAGGCAACCCAACCACAGUGUUCUGCGUCCAGUCAGUCACCCUUUUCUCCUGUCCGUGUCUCACCGUGGCGGGUUUGGUCCUUUCCCUCGUCCCUUGUUUCUUCACCGAUGCGGCCACACGAAACGCCGGGGCCGCUCCACUCCUGUGCAUUACCGACAGGCCAAGCUUUUUGCUUCCUCCGACCUCCACCAACCGCCUGAUGAUGCCCCUCGCUAUCUGCUCGACUCUCUCGGGAGGGUGAAUCGCAUCUGUGACCCACUCUGCCUACACGCAAAUGGGUGUCGUCAGAAGAAUCUCAGGAAGCCGACCCCCUCCGCCUUUCCGCUGUCCAUUCUGUGGUGGCUGAUUGUCAGGUGGGUCAGGGCCGGGGGAGGGAGGGGGAGUUGCGACUUCCUUCGCAUACUGAGCGACGAACUCCUCAUACCACUCUGGAUCCGACAUUUCGGAGACUAGCGUUCGCCCGCGCGUUGCGCGGGCUUCUAGGAGACCCGCU